GAAAACAUUCCAGCAAAGUGAGGGCAGUCAAAUAAUUGGAAACUCUCACAGCGGCCUCCACAGUCUCUCUGUCCUCCUCAUGUCUUUGCACAUGUAGAGAGCUUGUAGGUUGAGUGAAACUCUUAGGACGCUUCUGCAGGGGAAGACAUCAAGGAGGGAAACCUGAGAAAUCCUCCAAAACCUGAACAAACAAAGAAAACUCAACUGUCCCAUUGAUCGGCUCGCGAUGAAGCCGGUGUUAGUCCUCCUUGUUUCCACUGCCUGGACUUUCACUGGAGCCCAGUAUUACUACCAGGGGCUGAUGGAUUAUCUGGAGAACAGGUUGUUGGCUAUUGAGGACCGAAUGCAGUUUUGGCAUGAACAGACCCAUCGUUACCACACCGAGCUGCAGGAUUUCAAAAAGCUAACUGCUGAGGCCGUGGACGGGCUGAGGAGUGAGCACAGCUCGCUCUUCAAAGACCUCGAAGGAGCCGCGGUCCGAGUGGACCGCGUGGAGCGAGAGAUGGACUAUGUGGAGACCCAGACUUCCCCUCGGGCCUGUGCGAAUAAAGCAGACAAGGUGGUGGAGCAGGGAGCCUGGGGGCUGGAGGACAGCAGAGGAGAGGAAGAGGAGGAAGAAGACUGGGAGGAGCUGCACUCCAGAGUCUCUGACUGCGUGGAAAUCAUCUCAGCCAUCAGAUCAGUGAAGAUCCUGAAGAGAGUCGGCAGCCCCAAAGGCAUGUGGACCAGAGACCCCAGGUCGUCCAAGGUUUAUGUCUUUAAUGGGACAUCAGGAGACAACGUCUACCAGUUCAGCUCUGUACGUGACUUUUCCAUCUCUCCUGGUGUCUCCGGCAGCAAACAGAUCAGACUUCCCUCUGAGUGGACAGGUCCUGGCAGUGCUGUUUAUAACGGCUAUUUGUACUACGUACAGCAGGAGGCUGAUGCAGAUGUGCAGGUGGUCAAAUACGACCUGCUGAGUGGCUCGGUGACAGACUCCACCAUCUUCCCCGUGCAGAGCCACGCGUCCGUUUACGGCCUCAACCCGGAGACUGUUGCAGAUCUUGCAGCAGACGACGAGGGCCUGUGGAUCCUGUACGCCACCAGCGACAGUGAGCCAAACAUCAACCUCGCAAAGAUGGAUCCUGCCACGCUUGAUAUCGAACAAAUCUGGGACACCCGCUGCCCACGGGAGAAUGCAGAGGCGACUUUUGUAGUGUGCGGGACCAUCUAUGUGGUUUACAACACCCGCCUGGCCAGCCGUUCCCGGGUUCAGUGCGUGUUUGACGUCAACGACAUGGUGGUCAGCGAGGAGGCUCCCCUGAUCUACUUUCCAAGGAGGUACGGAUCCCACAGCAGUCUGAAAUACAACCCCGAGGAGAAACAGCUCUACGGCUGGGACGACGGCUACCAAAUCAUUUACAGACUGACCGUGAAGAGGAAACUCCUGGCCUGACAGUAGUGAGGUGGUGAAAUAAUUUCAAAAGCGGGGAUGAAAAGCGGGAGCAGUAAAUUUGUGCGUGUGACACCACAGUCUUUCAGAAUCCUGCGGACUCUUUGUUCAGUUGAUUUAGGUCACACUAAAAUUAAAUAACUUUAGAACUGUUAUUUACUAAUGAUCCUUUUCUUAUGUGUGUUUGAUAGACCAACACAAAAAAUAUAUCAAAAAAUACACAUGUAAAAAACUGAAAAUGCCACUCUGUUUAUUAGAGGCUGACAUGUGUGUGUGUGUGUGU